AUGCCAAAAAGACUUGGUAACUGGGAGGUUCCACGUUGGGCGCCAACUCGUCCACGCCCUGUUGAAAUGCGGCCGAAUCCGAAACCAAUUUGUGACAUCAAUGGACACUUCCUGCCAGGGGCUCCAAAGGGCACUUCUAAAUGUUUUGGACACUACACUGGAACAUGGGAUCUACCGAGAAAAAUAAACAGAAAAGUCGCGGAGGAGUUAGCAAAGGAGCCACCCGACAACCGGUUUUCAGAAUGGUUGCAUCCACGCAUUCAAAGACCCAAGGAGACUGAAGAUUGUAGAGAAAUAAAAGAAUUAAAUAACAGUAAUUUAAACGACUUAAAAAAUACCGAUAACGACAUCGAAUCGAAAGAUAUAGAGAAUGAUGAUCCGUUGGAAAUAAGGAAGCAGAAGGAGCCCAUCGAUGGCGAUGGUCAUGGGCCAUAUGUACCUGGUUCAUUAACCGACGUACAGAAUAGACAUGAAAGUUAUGAUCUAUUAUUAAAAGAUUCUAUUGAACAAAUACACGGGCCACAGGAAGAUCAAACUGACAAGUUUUGGAGGAAAAUAGCGGAAACCGCAAAGUGCGAUGAACAAAACAGCGAGACUAUGAAAUUUGUUAGAAAAAGUGAAACACCAAAACUUCCCUACGUAAAUGUAUCACAAAAUUUUCAGUUUGCGAAAAAAAUGCACGUAGGAAAUUUAGAACACCAACCUUUGCCUGAUACUUUGGGAUAUCGCAAUUUAACUAAAGUAGCAGAGCAUCGUGAUUCUGAUAUAGUUGUUAAGCCUUAUGCAAUAGGGUGGAAAGGCUACGGUGCAUCGGGACCUACUAGUUGUACCAAAAUGCGCGUUCAUAGACCUAAAACUUGCGACCCCAAAAAAACUGAGACGGCGGAUGAACAAAAACAGCGUCCGUCAACAUCUGCUUUGGGUUUAGGAGGAAAAUACAAAAAGCCCAUGUCGCUUAUGGAUCUUGCGAUAUGCUGGGACUUUAGGCCUGAUGAUCCCAAAUUAGAACCAAACCCACCUAAACACAUCGAUGGUUCCAACGGCUCUAAAGCACCAGCUGUCUUCACUAUGGUGCAUACACCGAAGGAGGAAAUCCAAAAUACAAUCGGUCACACUUUUCCUAUUUUCAACCAGAAUCGAAUAGUCGAGGAUGUUGGUCAUCAUCCGGUACCCUAUUUUGAAAAAGAUAUGACAAAAGAAAAACGAAAAGACACAUGCGACGUUCAACACUGCCCUCAACACAAUUCUAAUGGAAACAAUAUUAAAUCAAUAUCUUCAAGUAGAAAAAGUUCUACAUCAGCUAAAAAUGACAAAUGUGACGGUGUACACGGAUGUGGUACUCUAAGUGCAACGAGCAGAAGUUCCAACAGCCAGAGACCUGAUCAGCUGCAAUCCAUAAAGGAUGCUUGGAACUCGGUUAAUGGAAAGAAAUCCAAUUUAGAUAUUAAUCGCAAUAGAAAUAGUCUGGAAUCGUAUGAAAAAACCCCGCUCGCCCAAGGCAAAUUGCAUCAGAGUUCUCCGACCGAGUCUGUAUCGAAACGCACCAAAGAUAACUCGUUGAAUAACAUAAAACACAAACACUGUAUUUCGUGUAAUGGUGUUAAGAUAUUCAAAGAUCAAAAACAAAAGGAGGAUUACAAAUUCGCAUUUAAAGCGGGGAAUCCCAAUUCCGUUCAAAGUAUUAGUUCGACUGACACGAAAAGUAUUAAAAUGCCAAAAAUGCGUCAUCCGUAUACAAAGAAAUCCUACACAAUACCCACUUUAGCACCGCCGUUUAGUAUUUGGCGUGACGCAAAUGCCACAGGUUAUCCGGAGCACUGGCGUCUAGCGAGCGUAUACCAACACGCCUACAAACCACCAGAUCAACGUCGUAAACCUCUUAUCGAUAGUGUAUACCAGUAA